CCCCGUGUGCACGUGUGGAGAAGCGGCGGCACCAGCGCGGCGGCGGGAGGCACCCCCGCCCCCUCUGGAGACGCAGGGCCGCGCUCGACUCUCGCGGCCUCCGUCACCCCCUCACCUCCCUGCCGUAAGCGAGGAGGCCGGCUUGCGGGGUGGAGUGGCCCAAGCUGAGGGCGCGGAGAGCUCAGGGCGGCGACGACAACGGCGUUGAUAUCGGUGGUAACAACGGCCUCAGCAGGCGGGGAAGAUGAAAGGUAGCCGGAUCGAACUGGGAGAUGUGACACCACACAAUAUUAAGCAGUUGAAGAGAUUAAACCAGGUGAUCUUUCCAGUCAGCUACAAUGACAAGUUCUAUAAAGAUGUGCUGGAGGUUGGCGAGCUAGCAAAACUUGCCUAUUUCAAUGAUAUUGCAGUAGGUGCAGUAUGCUGUAGGGUGGAUCAUUCACAGAAUCAGAAGAGACUUUACAUCAUGACACUAGGAUGUCUGGCACCAUACCGAAGGCUAGGAAUAGGAACUAAAAUGUUAAAUCAUGUCUUAAACAUCUGUGAAAAAGAUGGCACUUUUGACAACAUCUAUCUGCAUGUCCAGAUCAGCAAUGAGUCUGCAAUUGACUUCUACAGAAAGUUUGGCUUUGAGAUUAUUGAGACAAAGAAGAACUACUAUAAGAGGAUAGAGCCCGCUGAUGCUCAUGUGCUGCAGAAGAACCUCAAAGUCCCUUCUGGCCAGAAUGCAGAUGUGCAAAAGACAGACAACUGAACAAAUUACAGAUGAACUUUCUUGCACUUGCUUGUCGCCAAAUAAAAGAGAGGCCCAUUGAUUCCCCCCCCCUUUUCUUUUAAACCUUUCCCCCUUCCUUGUUCUUGUGUUUCCUCCUUUCAAAACUUCCUUCCCUUUCCUCUAAAAGUUUUAAACUUUUAAGGACUUAUUAAUCAUAUUUGGAUUGUUUUAGUUUUCUUAUUUUUGUGAGGUGGUUUGAUUGUAGGAAGGAGAAGGUAUAGAUCUGUUUAGUUUCACAGUUAAGAUAUAUGGUCCCAAAAACUUGAGUGUCAAUUUCAUUUUUUUUUUUAAUGUCCUGCUUUCACAUUGAAGGGCAGAGCCUACAAAAUAUUGUAUAUUUCAAAGGACAAGAAGCAGCAGCAGCAAUAUCUUGUUCUCUGACUCAUAGACAAGUUUAGUGUGUUUGUGGUACUUUGGGGUUUUCAAGAUUUUGUGGGAUACUAAUCCCUAUACAUUGCCUUCACUCCACCUUUUGUCCUUCUGAGUAUUAUCUCAGGAGUUGGACCAUUGUUAUCCUUGUAAGAAAUACUAAGUUUAUUUUGUUCUGUUAAGCAGUUAUUUCUUCCUUCCUCGCUGGUGGCUGAUGGUGGUUGGGACAGUCUGAGUAGGUAGUAUUAUACUUUGGUCUCAGCAUUUGAGUUAAACUGCUUUUUGCUAAUGAGUGGGCUG